UUCUCCACUAGGUGUAGUUCACCGGGGACCGUUUUGUCUAGCGGUUCACUUCAGCGCGUCAUGCCGACCGAUACGAAGCGAGUUCGCGGGCCUGAGACGUCUCAGAGUCCGCUCCUGUUCUGGUCCCGACCCGCCAAGGUUCUCCCUUCUCACGGACCCAGAGCGGACGGUCGCCAGCGGGAUCAAGUUGACGUGCGGCCGGUGUUUGUCCGCUGCGGCCUGGUGAGUCAAGCUAAAGGUUCCGCUUACAUCGAGGCUGGAAGCACCAAGGUGCUGUGUUGCGUUUACGGACCGCGGGAGACGGAGCGGAAAGAUGAGACUGACAUGAAAUCUGGACGACUGACCACCGACAUGCGCUUUGCUCCGUUUUCCUGCCCGGAGCGUGGCUCCUGGAUCCAGGGCAGCCAGGACAAGGACUUCUCCCUGAUGCUCCAGGAGAGCCUGCAGCCGGCCGUCUGCCUCCAUAAGUAUCCGCGCUCUCAGAUCGAGGUCAACGUCAUGGUUCUGGAGAACAGCGGCUCGGUUCUGGCCCACGCCGUCACCUGCGCCUCCAUGGCGUUGGCGGACGCCGGGAUUGAGAUGUACGACCUGGUGCUGGGCUGCUCCCUGCGCCAGGAUGGCGGCUCCUACGUGGUCGACCCGACGUACCCGGAAGAGAACAGCUGGAGGUCGGGCAGCGGGGAGAAGCAGGGCGGGCUGACGGUGGCGUUCCUGCCCAGUCUGAACCAGGUAUCUGGGCUGCAGUCGGACGGUGAGAUGGCGGAGGAGACGCUGACGGCAGGGAUUCGGACCUGCAUCGAGGGAUGUUAUAAACUGUAUCCUGUUAUCCAGCAGGCUCUGAUCAAGGCCGUUCGCAGGGCGGCUCUGCCACCAGCAGAGAGCUGAGAGACACUCUGGACUCACUUCUUUUCUUCUGUCUUUAUGUUCAUUAACAUCACUUGUUUUUCAUCUGCAGUGUUACAAAAAAUAAACUAUUCAUUCCUCAAUAGCUUAA